AUGCGGUUGCUGCGACCGACAGAUGCGCUUCCCUACUUUAAUCGAGACAUCGAGGCGCAGAAUGCCCGGAUCAGCACCCGGGUUCUUCGCAUGUGGCGGAGCCUGCCCCGGUUGAAGCGGACCCUGCUGCCGAUGUUUUUCAUCUUGUUCCUGUUCGGCGUCGUUUACUCGUUUGGAUCACCACUCCCCGCAGCCCAACAUUCUUCUGCUGACCUGCACGAAAUCGAGGAGAUCAACAUAAAUCGGAAAAAUCUUCACGAAGUACCGGCCGAGGUGCCAGAUUUAGCCGGUGUUGACGAUAACGCGAUAGGAGCCCAUGAUGCGGCGGAAGAAUUGUCUCAAGAAAAGUUCCCGAAAUUUGCAGGCCCUAAAAACGAACGACAAGAAGCCGUGGCGGCGGCGUUCAAGCACGCAUGGGCUGGUUAUAAAGAAUACGCGUGGGGGCACGACCAGCUGAAGCCGCAGUCAAAGGGCUAUUCCGACUGGUUCGACACCGGGCUGACGAUCGUCGACUCUUUGGACACGGCGAUUAUUAUGGGGCUAGAAAAUGAAGUAAAAGAGGGCACCGAAUGGAUCCACAAGGAGCUCAGCUUUGACAAGGACCGCUACGUCAACCUGUUUGAGAUUACGAUUCGUGUACUCGGUGGGCUACUGACAAACUAUCACUUGACUGGCGAUAAGAGCUUCAUCAAAAAAGCCGAAGACCUAGCAGGCCGAUUACUCGUCGGAUUUACCAGCUCAAAGUCUCCGGUGCCGUACAGCGAUGUAAAUCUGAAAACAGGAUCCGCAAAAGGACCUUCGUGGAGCGGUGAUAGCAGCCUUUCGGAGGUGACAACCCUACAACUCGAGUUCCGCGAUUUGAGCAGGGUGACAGGAAAUAAAACAUACGAGGUAACUACUUUUACAGUUUCUGAGCAUGUUCACGCGAUUGGCUGCGAGGAACAUGGCGGCCUUUGCGACAUGUUUAUCAAUGCCGAAUCCGGGAAAUUCAAACAAAAGACGACCAUCACCUUCGGAGCGCGAUCCGACUCGUAUUACGAGUACUUGCUGAAGCAAUGGCUGCAAACCGGAAAGAAGACGCAGUGGCUUAUUGAUGACUACGUCAAGGCUAUGUCUUCAAUGGACGAGAAAAUGGUGCGGCUCAGCGAGCCGAACAAGCUGCUUUACAUCGGCGAGCUGCUCCCGCCGGCUGAUAGCUUUUCGCCAAAAAUGGACCAUCUUGUUUGUUUCCUUUCCGGAACCCUCGGGCUUGGCGUACAAAACGGAAUGCCGGCUCGCCAUAUGGAAAUUGCAAAGGGCCUAGCUGAAGCCUGUAAUGCCAUGUAUCAAACUCCCACGGGACUUGCGCCCGAGAUUGCCUAUUUUAACUUGUUGCCCGGCAAAAAGGAGGACUUGUCGAUCAAGCCUCUCGACGCACACUGUCUGCUCCGGCCGGAAGCGAUUGAAGCCUGGUUCUACAUGUACAGAUUCACCGGCGAUAAGAAGUACCAGGAAUGGGGCUGGAAGGCGUUCGAGGCGAUCGAAAAGUACGCCAGACUAGCCGUCGGAUACUCGAGCGUGAAUAACGUGAAGAAAAUCCCGGUUACUUACAGGGAUUUAAUGGAGUCCUUCUUCCUUGCCGAGACCCUAAAAUACCUGUACCUGCUCUUCGACGACGAUCGCGAGCUGAUCCCGCUCGACAAAUGGGUCUUCAACACCGAAGGGCACCCACUUCCCAUCUACGACCAC